GCUUGCGACUAUCGUGUGUACUCUAUUUAAUCUAGUGACAACUGUGGCUUUUCACACAUAGUUUCAUAGCCGUUUGUUAUUUAUUUCAUGUGAAAAUUGUGUGAGCUCUGCUAGGUCUGGGCAAAUGUGUCUCUUGCGCUUUCUGUUGCAGACGCGUUCCACGCUGAACCGCUAUCUACCCGAUAAGGCGGCCACCUCGACGGCAGCCCGGCAGACGCCCACGCCUACGCCCACACCCGAAGUGAACCAGCGUAAGCUGAAUUUAGUGAUAGGCAAUGAGUCGUGCGAUUUGGAUUCAGCUGUCUCAGCUUUAACGCUGGCCUUCAUCUAUGCAGCCAGGCAGAAGGAUCAGGACUUUGUGCCCGUGUUGAAUAUACCACGUCUCGACUACCCACUCAAAACGGAGGUGGGUCACAUGUUCCAAAAGUGUGAAAUCAAUGAACAAAUGCUCGUCUUUCGCGACGAUCUCCCAGAGAAGUUGAACAACCCAGACAUCAAUGUCAUUUUGGUGGAUCAUCAUGUGAACAGCUGGGCAGCGAAUGUCGGUGAAAUUCUCGACCAUCGACCGAUGGAGAAGCAUCCAUUAGUGGAUCAGUUGCCGGCACACUGCGUGCUCCACAUCGAGCCAGAGUUGGGCUCUUGUGCCACACUUGUGGGCGAGCGCUAUUUGGCUGAGCAGGAGCCGCGCUCCGCUAUCGUCACUCAGCUGCUGCAUGCGACAAUUGUCCUCGAUACAAUCAACUUUUCGCCAACUGCUAAGCGUUUCUGUGCCCGUGAUUUGGCCAUGGUCGAGCAGCUGGAGCAGCAGCAGCAGCAGGAGCCCUUGGAUGAUGGCGUGCGAAAGCGUUUGCGCGACCAGAUCUUCAAUGAGCUAGUGGCAGCCCGUGCCGACAUUAGUAAAUUGACUCUAUUCGAGGUCCUGCGCAAGGAUAUGAAGUGUCUGCAAACUGCGCGCCAUAUGGUGCCCAUGGCCGGACUGCCCAUGCUAGUGCGGGACUUCAUCGAGCUGAGCGACGCCGAGGACGCAAUACGACAAUUUGGCUGCGGCACCAAUCUUAUUGUCCUCUUGGGCAUGUAUGUGCCGCCGCUCAAGGGCGGCCAUGUGAUGCGCGAUCUGGCGCUAAUCUCGCUAACCGGGCACACCCAGCUUGUCCAGCGUGUGCGCCAGGGCUUGCUGGCAUGCGCGAUGCCCUCACUCGAUUUGCGCCAACACGCGUUCGAAUCCAAUUUCAUGGGCGGCUGCUUCUUGAUGCAGCAUAACGUGCAGGCCACCAGGAAGCACAUUUUGCCCGUCAUAAAGCGCAUCCUAUUGGAUCUGGAGGAAUCGCAGCAUUGCGAUUGCGAUGAUGUUUACUUCUUCAAGGAGAAGCCUAAGCUGGGCCUCUCCUAAGCAAGCCGAAGGAUACAGUGGAGAUUGCCUCGCAAGUACAAAAACCAAAAUCAAACGAGCAAGCAACCAAGGAACACAUCCAGCAUUCGCUGAAAGGGAAACGGAAGGAAGGAAAAACAAAUUGAUUGAAAAUUUUAUUUCUAAGUGGAUAUCGUGUCCGUCAAACGAAUUCAAUGCGAUUCCAAUUGAAUCUGAUUGCAAUUUGAAAAUCCAAUUGAAUCAGAAUUCAUAAAUCUAACUAAACCAAAAUUUAUUUAUUGUAUUAGCAAAUAGUAAAAACAAAAGGAAAAACGGAAACUCGAAUUCGAACUCGAAACCGAAUUCAUGGGAUUGGAAUUCAAUUCCAAUUGCAAAUCAAUUUAAGCAAACGUCCAACUGAAAGGCAUAUUUAAAGGCAUAUCCAAUUGGAAGCAAAUCGAGUCAAUGAAGUGGAUAUUCGAGGCUUCCAACAAUUAGUCAAAUAUGAAAGAAAUUGAAGCGUGUUGCCAAUUGCAUGAGACCCCAAUUGGGACUGGAUAAUUGAGUGGAUUUAUGAGAUUUCCCACUAUUUAAAAUAAUCAGAAAUUGUUUAUGCACUUCUAACUGUAAAACUGUAGAAAGCCAACUCAAAGGCAAAUUCAUGUAGUUUAACCAAUUGAAUGUGAUUCCAAUGCGAUUUAGUUUGACUUUAUAAUCGAAAUUUUUAAUUUUUCUAUAUUUUUAUUUAGUAUAAUUCGACAGCUAAUGAAA